AUGUUUCUUUUAAGAGUUCACACACCUUUAGACAGAUUCUGUGGUGCUGAACUUUUUUUGUUGGCUCUGAAACCAGAAGAUUUGAAAAAAGAUAAGGCAAUCGUUCUUGAAGCAGUCAAACGAUAUGGCUGUGCACUCCAAUACGCUUCAGAAGAUUUGAAAAAGAACAAAAAAAUUGUUCUCACAGCAGUCAAACAAGAUGAAAAUGCACUUCAAUUCGCUUCAGAAAAUUUACGAAAGGACAGAGACAUUGUUUUUGAAGCAGUUCAACAAGAUGGUUGGACACUUCAAUAUGCUUUAGAAGAUUUGAACAACGACAAGGAAAUUGUUUUGGAAGCGGUCAAACAUAGUGAACUAUAUGAUUGUGCACUUCAAUAUGCCUCAGAAGAUUUGAGAAAAGACCGACUAUUUGUCCUUAAAGCCGUCAAACUACAUGGCAAUGGACUUCAAUAUGCCUCAGAAGAAUUGAAAAAAGACAAAGAAAUUGUUCUUGCAGCAGUCAAACAAUAUGGUGGUGCAUUUCAAUAUGCUUCAGAAGAUUUUCGAAAGGACGAACAAAUUGUUCUUGAAGCAAUCAAACAAUAUGCUAACAUGUUUCGACAUGCUUCAGAAGAUUUAAAAAAAGACAGACAAUUUGUUCUUAAAGCAGAUGAACAAAUUGUUUUAGAAGAAGUGAAACAAAAUGGUUUGGCUCUUCAAUAUGCUUCAGAGAAUUUGAGAAAGGACAAGAACCUAAUUCUCGCAGUCAAACAAGAUUUGAGAAAAGACAAGGAAUGCUAUUGUCCAGGAAAAAUUAUGUAUUCCUAUACAGAGAGAGCACGAAAUGUUUCUCGCCUCAUCGUUCCCAAUGUGGAAGUACGAAAGGACUAA